AUGGCCUUCUUCGCCCACGCUAAGACAUCCAGAGAUGAGGAUCACUGGCGCUACCUCAUCGUUGCGCUCUGCAUGGAAGUGCUUGACGAGUGGUACCGAACGGUCCAGAAAAGGAACCCAAAGGCGGCAUUGACCCGCGAGGCGCCUGAGUUCUAUCUCCAUGACGAUAAAGAGUUUAAGCUCAUGGAUAGUACCAAGGAGAAUAAAGAAGCCCCUGAACAAAACCAUCGGAGCGGCAAAUCGUACGCCGUUUUACUUCACCUUCUGGCGGCAACUAGGAAUGGCUCACUGAAGAAUGGGUUCUACAUUCGAUCCAAGAGCGACCCGAGGGUAUUUUGGUACAUUGAUGACGACGGCUACAUCUCCGCAUCGCAGCAAAGACGUACUAGGUUCAAAAUCUCCAACAAAGACAGAGGACAUGAAGAUAAUGUGAUCAUAAGAUCAGACCCUAUCUCGAUCUCCCCUGUCUGGGAUAGAACUCGUGAAGUUUCGAUUAGUAAUGGAGGUGACUUGUGUCUGAGUUCGAGAGGUUCGGACUUCACCCUUGGCGAUCUCAAACAUGAUUUCUACUCAAUCAACUAUGAGAACGCUGUGAGAGUCAUGCGAGAGAGGAAUAACGGGGAAGAGUGGCAGCUUGUUUCCUAG